AUGCUGCAUCUGUAUGAACUGCAGUAUCUGUUCACGAGUGAGAUUGUGCUGUCUCGCAAUUUGCUGUAUUUGAGGAGAGAGCCCAGCGAGAGGCGAUGGGUUUUGACCCUGCUGGACCGUGUUGGCUUGACGAUUGUGGAAAUUUGUGAGUCGAGCGAGAUGAGCCGAGUCGAAACCUGGGUUAGGGAUCUGAGGUUGGGGAGAAGAUGA